GGUCUCCAUCAACAUGUCGUCGCUGCCCAAGCAACUACGAGACGAGAGUGAUUUUGACCAGCUUCCACACGACAUUCCCAUCAGUGCCACCAUCGCAGACAUCGAGGAGAAAAAGGGCUUCAUCGACUAUUAUCGUUUUGUGAUAGAGGUAAGGACCAGAGGUGGUAGUAAGUACCUGAUCUACCGGAGGUACAGCCAGUUCUUCAACCUGCACAGUGACCUGGAGCUGAAGCAUUCACCUGGAGACCAGGGCACAUCUGGACCUAACACCUGCAGGCUGCCCACCCUGCCUGGUAAAGUGUUCAUUGGCAAUAAGAAGGAGAUUGCAGAGAAUAGAAUUCCAGAACUCAACACUUAUAUGAAGAGAUUGCUGGGCCUGCCUACCUGGGUUCUAUUGGAUGACGACAUCAGGAUGUUUUUCUACCAGACUGAGUCAGACAGUCAGCACCAACCACGAGCCCUGCGUCGCCUCCGACCCCCUACACGUAGGGUGAAGACAGUCAAAACCAACCAGACAGAUGUCUUCUCCUCCCCCAGAGCUGAGGUGGUCUUCGACUUCAGUGGGAGUGGACGACUGGAGCUGAGUAUGAAAGCUGGAGAGGUGAUCUUCCUUCUGAGGAGAGUUAACACAGACUGGCUGGAGGGCACGGUGAGCAAUCGAACAGGUAUCUUCCCAGAAUCCUUUGUGAAGAUCAUUAAGCCCCUCCCAGAGAGUGACUCUGAUGGCGAGAGCGGUGGCGCUUCAGGUAAAGGGGCGGGGUCUUACAGCUGCCUGCGCUGCUACCUGCUCACACCCCAGGGCGUCGACACCAGGGAUGUGUGUGUUGAAGAAGAUAUCUCCACCCAGCCAUCAUACAAAGAACUAUUGGCACGCAUGAGAGAUGUGUUCAAGGUGGAUGGCAACAUCGCCCUGAACUACCGUGACCCCGAGGGUGACCUGGUGCGUCUCCUUGACGACGGGGACGUGGCGCUGAUGGUGGCCGAUGGGCGGGGUCAAAGGUCAAAGGUCAAGAGGCCUGUCAAUCAGUUUCCGUGGGAACUGCAUGUUACCGCGGCCUCUGACCUGUCUGUGUAUAAUACUGAGAUAUAAAGACAGGGAGAUGGAGGUUUUCACAUGUUUCUGUACUCGCUGAAGAGAGGCCAUUUUGUGUUUGCUUCAGUGUAUGCACGCUUGCAGGUGCACCUGUCUGUCCAUGCCCUUGUGCGUGUGAGUCUCGCCAGCUUGCAUCUGUAAUCCACUGCAAACCUGCAUGUAGUAGUCCGGACUGAGACCCAGUGACAGGGUGACAGACUUUAAUUAAGGGGACAGACGCUGGAUUGUAACACAUUACAGAAGUUAGUCUGAUUGAGCAAUGUGAAUGCAACCUAAAAGGCACACUAGGCCCUACAUAGUGCACUACUUUUCACCAGACGCCCCGGUCAAAAUGAGUGCACUAUAUAGGGAACAGGGUGCCAUUAGGGAUGACACCUUAGUCACAUUCAUUAGUAUGUCUGUGUUUGGUGGCUUUAAACGUGUAACAUUUCACCUGUACUGUUGAGUAAAUGUUAAUAUAAGGACAUUUAA